CGCACUUGAGCCCCGUGGCAGGCAGGGAGGAGGAGGAAGGCGGAUCUGUAAAGUCCACUCUGCAGGACUUCCUCGCUACAGCCGAGCAGACCGUGGAGCGCAAUCAUGGAGGACUCUGCCCCCCGUCGUAGUCGCGCUGCGUUUGCGGGGCUGGUGGGAGUGUCCCAGGUGCUGGGUUUGGCAUCGGUGGUGCUAACCGGUGUGUGGAUGGGUCACUUCCGUGGAGGUUUUGCCUGGAAUGGCUCAAAGCAGGAGUUUAACAUCCACCCUCUGUGUAUGGUGCUGGGCCUGGUCUUUCUGCAAGGAGAUGCCAUCCUGGUCUACAGAGUGUUUCACAAGGAGCCGAAGAAGAACGUAAAGCUGCUUCACGGCAUUAUUCACCUGCUCGCUCUCAUCAUGAGUAUUGUAGGUUUUGUGGCUGUGUUUGACUACCACAGGGCAGCCAAGAUUCCUGACAUGUACUCUCUACACAGCUGGUGCGGUAUGACUACCCUAAUCCUGUUCUGCUUACAGUGGGUGAUGGGUUUGAUGUUCUUCCUGUUUCCUGUUGCGUCGGCAUGGUUACGAGCCUCAUACUUGCCUGUCCACGUGUUCUGUGGCCUGGCUCUGCUGGUAAUGUCCGUAGGGACCAGCCUGCUGGGCAUCACGGAGACACUCCUCUUCAACAUCAUGCCGACCUACUCUAAGUUCACCCCAGAGGGAGUGCUGGCCAACGUCUUGGGUAUCCUGUUGGUGUGCUUUGGAUUGGUGCUGGGACACCUGAUGACGAGGGAGGAGUACAGACGCCCACCAAACCCAGAGGAAGAAGCUCUGUCCGUCCAUUUCAAGACACUGACUGACGGGGGAUCACCAACCACGCCUUAAUCUCACUCUGAAGCCUGACGCCUCUCUGUGAUCUACAUCUACAGAGCCAACAGACCACCUGUGCUACCAGUCUCUGUUAGUACCUGCAUACCUGUCAGAAAAUGAGUUCAGCUUUAGGUUCAGUGAAGUAAGAACAGAAAUCUGUAAUAACUGUCCUUCUCAUGUUAUUAUACCAACCAGCUCUGUCAGCUUUGUCAUGAAAAACAUUUAUACAAACAUAGUUAAAAAUGUACUGUUUCACUACACAUUGUGAUAUGGAGCGUCAUGUUUGUGUAGUUGAAGGGCGCAGUUUAUAUUUUAUUGUUUCCUGUUGUGCAGUGUUCAUGGUUAGGUUGCGAUUCUCGUUUUGCUUAAAUGUGUCUUGGAUUCCUUCACUUGUGUUUUAUCAUUGUGUCUUAACUAUAUUAAAGAUGUAGCAUCAGCCGACCCGAGUAGCUGCAGUGUUCUCCUCUCCCGUCCUUUCCUCCUCAGCUCUGCUCUGUGUCGGCUUUGUGAGGACAGUUAUUGACAUUAAUGCACUCCCAGUGUCUCACCCCCAAUUUUAACCGUAUUAACUACAGUAAAUCUCACGCCUAACAUAACCCUAAAACCAGGUCUUAACCCUCAGACUGACAGCGGUGUGAGAAGAUUCAAGUUGUACCUUCCAGAAAGUCACAGCAGAUGGCUGCCAUGGGCGUUAUUUGGUGAUUGUGCUGAUGCUAUCCUUUUUAGUAAAUCUGGCACCUUAUCAGUGGAAUUAAAUUUGACUAAAAAAAGAAACCACAAACACAAAUUUCUACUUUGACGCUCAAAAAGAAGCUACACUACCCUCAGAACAAUUGUACAAAUCCUGCAAACGUAGCCUUUCUGUGAGCAGGGUGGAGCAAGGUGGAGCAUGGUGGUGCCCUGGUAGUCUGUAGAAUAGACUCUGUGCUCUGCUGGAGAACCACGUGUUCAAAAACUGUUCUCGGCAGCUGCUGUCUACUCUCCGUGCUGCUUUUCUGUCUGUGAACAUUGGUUGAGUUCCCCUCAUGUUCCUCUCUGUGUAACUAAAGAGCCACAGGUCCACGUUCAUUUUGGGGUCAAUAUGUGGCAUCAAAGGUGGUGUGAAUUGGUUGUAUGAUAAAAUUUCCUCUGCUGUUGCUCCGUCUUCGUGACCUGCAGUACCAUAAAGUCCUGUUUUCUGACCGAAUCCUAUCAUUAACUGUUCCUGUUUAAAUGCUUCAAUAACCUGUUGUGUGUAUUCAAAUACCUACAUGUAUGUUUUAAAUCUACUUUUUGUUUUGCUCGCCUUCGACUCGGACUUCAGUCUUUGUGCCUCAGAGAGAGCUUGGUGGAGGUUGUUCAUUUUUCUGUAAGUUGUGACAGUGUCGUUGUUCACAGGAAGUCCCGAUCUUAUCAGGACAACCUGAAAUAAAGUGUUUGAAAUUA